UACUUUUCCCUGACUAGUAGUGUAGUAGACUCAAGUCUUAGUCUGACCGAACUUGCUCAUCCCCAUUUCUCCUCUUCUUCUUCUUCUCCUUCUUCUUCUUCUCCUCCCUAGAUUAGUACUCGAAUGGGAACAUCUCCCUGUCUUCCCCCACCUCCUCUUCCGCCUCCCCUCCAAUACAAUAGAAGAAGAAGAAAAAACAGCCAUGCACCUGACUGCGGGGGAAGAACUGAACUAACUGGGAGGCAAGGGAUGGCGAUCCAAUCAAUACCUCAUCCUGCCAUGGAGUCCAUCCCUUUUGCAGGAUCGUCUCCGUUGGAAAUUGCGGAGAGAGCUUUCCCGCGUUCGGUUGCCAGCCAACCCUGUCUCUUCUGUCUCGUCUGCUCUGCCAUUUUCUGCUAUUGUUGUUAUUGUAACUUCGCUCUUUCCCAUCCCCCCUUGAACUUUCUUCACCACACACACACACACACACUCUCUCUCUCUCUCACAUACACACCGAUAUGCAGAAUAGUCAACUCGGAUUCCGCUCGGAUUCCGCACAUGGAAUGUCCGAUCGUAAAUUACUCUUGAACCUCGCGAGUAAGAUGCGACACUCCCAGGGAACGAGAUCCGGGUCCAGUCUCGAUUAAUCAUAGACCCCCUUCUCCCGUAAGCGAUGAGGC